AUGUAUCCGGCAGCACAUCUGGAGUUUCUGACCCAAAGACCCAACUCUCCAGAUAGCGCGCCAACCUCUUCAAACUCUUCAUCCUCAGCCUCCUCAUCGACUUCGACUUCAAGGUCUUCAUCGCCAAGGUCCCAACCUUCAUCUUCCUCCAAUGGCUCGGCAUCUUCAAACAGAUUCUCGUCUUCAAGGUUGGAUGCAAAUUUGUCAGCGCUCUUAGGUUGCGCCUGUGGCUCACUUUCGAGAGAUAGACCCUCAAAGUUCCCAAGAAGCGCCUCCUCGAAGAACGACAACGAAGCUUUCUCCAAAGGCCAUGGGGUGUUGGAAAUGGGCAUAUGCAAGAGGUGUGAGACCGGUUUCAAUGAAAGUGUUGAUUCUCUUUUCAAUGGAAUUCAAGUAAAGAGUGUUCUGGAACAAAGAAGAGAAGUCGCCUCUGUUUUCGGCGAUCUGCUCCAUCUUGGACAAUUUGUCAGUUUCACCGGAAACAAGGUAGAUGAAAGACAAUUUCUCCAAUUUCUUGAGCUGUUGAUAGACAAGCUCAACAACAGGAACGUUACCUUGCAGAAUUGCCUCCUUACCGAGCUUUUCCCAAAUCACGGCAUUGUUCAACUUCUUCGCCUCUUCAAGAGCGAUGUCCAAGUUGUUGCAUUCGAUUGCCAACUCAAAUCUGGUCUCUGGAUCCUCAACGAACUGCAAAGCAAUUUCAGGGUACCCCUGUUUCUGCAAGUAGCCAAUGAUAUUUUGACCAACAAGGUUGGAUGUCUUGAUGAUUCUAAGAACCUCGUUGAAGUUCUUGUUGACCAAAGCCUUCUUGAAUCUGUACUCAGUUGGGUCAAUUGGCACGACUUCAACUUCACUCUUUCUGUUCAGACAGUAACACUGUCUACCAGACACCUUAAUGACAUAAAGGGUGUUCUCCAAGGUCUUGAUUGUUCCGUUGUCGCCGUUCAAAAGGGCAUACUUGAUGUGGUUCAAAGUGGAGUAGAUCAAAACACCGGAAUCGUCCCAUGCAGCGCUCUUCACUCUGAUGGUCUCGUGCAUAGACAUCAAUGUUUCGAGUUUCUUGUUUGCAAUGACAAUGGUAUGCUUAGACAGGAGAGCGACAUACUGGGUGUCUGCAGACCAAACAGCAUAUUUGGCGUUGCUUAUUUGAAUCUUUGCCAACUCUUUCUUUUGUUGAACGUCGUAAUGAACCACCUCAUUAGGUUUCAUCAACAAGACGGUACCAGGUCCUGCAUAGAGGAUAUCCUUAACAGCGGGAUCCAAGUCAAUGACCUUGGUAACAGCAUUUCUGAGGUCUCUAACUUCUAA